UUUUUUGCUGGUUCCUCGAGGGCCAUUUGCUACAAUAGUUUACAGUCGCUUGCGUUAGGCUUUACCGUCGAAUUUCCGUAAAGCUUCGGUCUAAUUUAAUGAGAAAACGCAGCACCUUUAUGUACUUCAUGCUAUACAUGCCAAAGCACCCCUGACGUUGGCCUUAUCGACUACAGGUUCGUAAAAUACGUCAUAUUAUCGCUGCGGCCGACACCGCCAGUCCACGGUCUGCGCAUCCAGAGGUGAAAUACCUGUGAUCUGCUACAGCCUAGUGUUCGACAACAAACUGUACAAUGGGCAAAAAGUCUCGCGAAGAUGGGUCCUCAUCCUCUGAGGAAGAAGAGUAUACCGUGGAGAAGGUUCUGGACAGGAGGGUGGUGAAAGGCAGAGUCGAGUUUCUCUUGAAGUGGAAAGGCUACUCUGAGAAGCACAACACAUGGGAGCCAGAGAAGAAUCUGGGUUGCCCCGAGCUUAUUGCUGAAUUCAUGAAAACCUACAAGAAAAGCAGCAGCAGUGGAGGCUCCACACCUGGCAGCAAAUCAAGCUCAAGCUCCAUGGAACGACCUAAAGAGUCUGGUAGCUCAAAGAAAAGGAGCUCAGAUGAUGAGGAGGGGGGGGAGGAGGAGGAGGAGGAGGAAGAAGGUGGAGGUAAACCCAAAAAGAAGAAAGACGAUGACAGUGUUGUUGUUCGUGGCUUUGAAAGAGGACUCGAGCCAGAGAAGAUCAUUGGAGCCACUGACUCCAGUGGGGACCUGAUGUUUCUUAUGAAGUGGAAAGACUCUGAUGAUGCCGAUCUUGUGCUUGCUAAAGAGGCUAAUCAGAAGUGCCCACAGGUUGUCAUAGCCUUCUAUGAGGAACGUCUGACCUGGCAUGAAGACAGUGACAAGAAGGAGAAGGAUGCUGUGAGUGCAUAAGAGAAUCACUUCAGGAGGGAAAUGGAGCUUGUCCACCGCAGGCAUGAGUUUCAGGCAGACAUUUUCCACCCCCCCAAUCAUCACCAUAAACCACGUCCACAUCAGAGUAUAAGGUCCCGAACGCUUGAUAAAAAUCCAUCUGACAAGAGGAGAUGGUGUGGCAGGCUUGGAUGAAAUGCUAUUGUACUGUUGGAGGGUUUAUGCUGUAUUGUUUUAUUGUCUGUUGCAGGGAUAGUUCAGUUGUACUUUUGCUUGAUGAGGUAUCGACGUGCAUGCCCCUAUAACAGGAACCAGCUUCAUACAGAGACAUGUAUUCUCUCAAAAAAUGACUGCCAGUGAGAACACACAUAAAAACAAAUUUUAGCCACUUAAAUUCACUGAAUAAUAUCUAUACCCAAUUAAGUCUAUAACAUUUUAAGAAUAUGUUGGCCAAUUUAUCACUGGGUAUCCUUUUCCUGACUGGAAAGUUUGUGUCACUUUGUAAACUGCUCACAACCUGCAUCAAGGUACAUAGAGGAAGUGAGGAAUUUUACGUCAAGACGCAUUGUUGUUAAUCCAUUUAUGCCUCUAUUAGUCAGUUCAAAUGUGUUAUUUUGUCACUGUGACAAUGUGUCACUACCUCAUAUACACUUAAGAAAACCAGAACUAUCCCUUUAAAAGUCAGGCUAUAGUAUAGCAUCCCUUUUCUUCAAGACCAUUUUUCUCAUCAUUGAAUGAACUUUUUUUUAAUCUCUUGUACAUUUUCACUUUGUUCUGUUUACUGUGAUGAAACUUUGUAAAGUUGUUGAGAAUUGCAGUCAAUUAGUAUCUUUGUAAUGUAGUUAUGAUAUCGUUGUUAACUUUUUAAAUCUCUUUUUAAACUUCUUUAUGCUCUCACUAGUUCAAGUUAAGGACAAUAAAGACAUUUUUGUUUUAAAAAAA